AUUAAACAAACACUGGAAAUCGAAAUGUCCUACCCUCCGGCCUUCCACACACCGCGGCUCUCCUUCGUCCCGAUCAACGCGGAUGCCCAUGCCGAGAGCAUCUUUGAGUGUCGGGGUCGCGCAGACGUGAUGAAAUACAGCAUCAACCACGCCCCCGACCCCUCCGUCGCCGUCACGCACGCCUGGGCCUCGAAAUACAACCACUUCGACGACCAGACGCCUAUUGACCCCGAGAACGUCUCUCCAAUUGGAUACGUGAUUUCAGAGCUCCCAGCCUCGUCCUCACCCUCAAACGGAACUACAAACGGAACCGUAAACGGCACCAUCACCAACAGCACACCCACCAUCGACACCACCCCAACCUCUCAAAACCAAGAAGGACAGGCUCGAAUCAUCGGCACAACCGGCCUCCGCCUCUCCUCCUCCCCUCUCCCCAACGCCUCGCCGUCCAUCAAACGCUGGGAGAUCGGCUACGGGUUCCACCCCGACGCCUGGGGCCGCGGACUCGCGACGGAGACGGUGCGGGGAUGGAUUCGCAUGGUCAGCGAGAAGGGGUUGGUGGAUGGAGUGCCGGGUUUGAACUGUAAGCCAGGAACUGGGAAUGGGGGUGUAGAGAUCAAACGGGCUCUGGCUGCUUGUACGGACGCGCGCAAUGGGGCUAGUAUGCGGGUGCUGGAGAAGUGUGGGUUUGUGUUGGCGGGGGAGUUUUUGGAUGAGCAGGGGAGGAGGAAUUUUGAGUUUGAAUUUGCUUUUUGA